UAAUCUACUGUUUAAUACUGAUUUGGCAAUUUAAUCAGGAGAGCAAAUAAAGAGCUGCUAGUAAUGCAGUUUGUGUGGCGGCCAUGUUGGAUGUUGAGGUUGGGGCUGGUGGGAAAUUUCUGGGGAAUUAACUUCAGAGAACAAAUGUUCAUAAAGAGACGCUUGUUUGGGUUCUAAUACCAUUAAAGAACAGUGGGAGGUUUUGCUUUAUUCUUUAAACUUGUCUUUUUAUGCGGGUUUCAGAUUUUUUUAAGUUACAGUAAUACAGGGUGAGGCAGCAUUUUGGAGACCGAGGUAAACAGAGUUUUCUUAUUUUCUCAACAAUAAGGUCAGCUCAGCUGAAAAGGUCAAAUUAAGUCAUUUCCCUCGUCAUGGUCCCACUGUUUCUGCUGUAUUUUUGCAGAUAUCCUUACAGUGCAGCUUGUGUAAUAAAGGAGAUCACGUUUUUUUUUUCCUUCUUUUUGCAAGAGAGAGAGAAGGUCCGUGACGCGGGGCGGCUCUUCUCCUCCUUCCCCUUCCUCCCUGUCCUCCCACCAGUGCUCUCUGCUUUUGCCUCCAAGUCCAUCACUUGUUGGAUGUUUAUUUUAUCUCAAUGUUUUCAGCAUUUGUUAUUUUUUUGGGGGGGUCUAUUUCUUUACAUCUAUAUCUUUGGAUUCCCGUGAAGAUCAGAAGGUGAACCCGUAGCUUUAAAGGCUGCAUGCGCGUAAAAAGGCGCUUGUCCCGGAGCGUCUCCGUCCUCUGACCCGUCUGGUCGUGCACCUCCGGUCCCGGAUGUCUCCUCGCUGGUCAGCCUGAACUACUGUGUGUUGGUCCCUCGGACUGUAGGGGGUUUGUGUUUAUUUCGCAGCGGCGGAGUGCGCGCCGGACUCCGGCUCAUCCUUGGAGAAGUUCCGCCGCAGUCCUCCUCUGCCCAGCGCUCCUCUGCGGAUGAGAUAAGGAUGCUGGCGGCUUUUCUCGGUCUGGAUCCACUGGGUCGCUUCGAGAUGCGCUGUCCGAGCAUCUAACUGAACCAGAAAUGUUCAUAGAGAAUUUCCUUUGACUGAAGUUCAAACCAAAUAACUUCCAAACACUCCCCUGAUGUGUUAAGCUACUUUGCUGAACAGUUUGAUGGAGAGCUGGUCGGAUGACAGCUGGAACUGUUGUCAUAACUGGAGGAAUACUGGCCACAGUGAUACUUCUGUGUAUCAUAGCCGUGCUCUGCUACUGUAGACUCCAGUACUACUGCUGUAAGAAGAAUGGGUCUGACAGCGGCUCCCUCUCUCAGCAACACUUUGCUUGCAACGCCUGCAGCAUCACUGGCCUGGACGGACCAAUCAUCACCCCUCUGUCGCUGUCGCCACCAGAGCCGGCCAAAUCCUUUAACCCCACUAAACCUACCGUGGGGCAACACCGCUACUGUCCCACCUGCUCCCCCUACGACUCGCCCUUCUACAUCCGUACCACUGACGAGAUACGCAACGGCGGUGAGCGCGUCACCUACAUGCCGACACACUAUGAGAACCAGGCGCUGGCGAUGCCGCUGCCCGCUGUCCGAGGCUCCCUGCUGAGGGACAGCCAACGCGGUCGCCCUCCUGAUUUCUACACCAACACCCGAGCCAUCAGCACCGAGGUGUGACCACCUCUACACACCAGCGCCACCGAAAAGACACAACCACUAUUGUAGAUUUUGGCUUCCACUGCAGAUACCAGUGAGUUUGUGGAGGCAACACAUUUAGAGUCAAUCUGGGCUGUAAUGGAAAUAACUGAGGAAGCUGGAGAU